CUCCUUCCUUCUCCUUCGGUCCUUCCUUCUUCCGAGCCAGCCAACCAAGUAGUAGCAAGGAAGUUAAGCGGAACCUGACCGAACCAAGAAAUGGAGGACUACUACUGCUUCCCCACCUUCUUGGACACCGCUUCGACCUUCGCUGCCGUCGCCGUACACCCGGUCUCCGCCCGCAACCGGAGCUCGCCGUCGCCGAGGCCCCGCCGGGUGUCCCGAGACCACUACCUCGACGCCUGCUUCCGCUGCCAGCGGAUACUCGAGGGAAACAAGGACAUCUUCAUGUACAGAGGCGACACCCCGUUCUGCAGCGCGGAGUGCCGGCAGCAGCAGAUCGACAGCGACGAGGCGGCGGAGAAGAGAUCCAAGCAGUCCGCGGCCGCGAGGUCCAGGGAGCAGCAGCGGCAGCGGCAGAGCGCCCGUUUGGGCUCGGUAGAAGAAGGAUUCGAUCAAUCGAUCGAAUGGCAAUACCAAAUAGUACUCCACAAUAUAUAAACUUCAGUGUUGUGCAUCCAUAUAUGGCGCCAGCUCUCGAGAUGGUCCAUUGUGAAUGUUUUGAUCGAACGAACCGGGCGGCGUAAUGAGCAGCUGGAGCGAGCCGAUCAGGCCUCAAUAUAUAUUCGAAUCCAGCUCUUAAUUGGAGGCAGGGCCAAGGUCGGAUCAGAUGGACAGAGGCCAUGACAUGGUGUGUGCAUCAGUAUAUAUAUGCUUUUCCUAUGCUGUUUUCCGUUGCACAGGGCAAGCCCGUGCAACUGGUAUGUGUGUUUUUCUCGUAUGCUGGUGCGAUUGUGGGUCCAACAUUUUGGCAUGGAAGAAAAUAAGAGAUCACCGAUGUGUGUUCCCAUGGAUUCCGUUGAUUA